AUGGCUGGAGGACGACGCAACCUCCGCUCAACCACUAGCGACGUGGAGGAGUUGCCCCCUCGCGACGACCUCGGUCAGGAGCCGGAUGCGCAACGCCGCGACGACGCGCCCAGGGUAUCGCCGGCACCCAUGGAGCCACCGCUCAACCCUCACAUCAGGGGCGGGUCAGCCACCACGGCGGCAGGCAUCGCGACGCCAGACGUCCCAACGCCACGCGUCACACAAAUGGAGUUGCUACAGGCUUCCAUCCCGUUGUUGCUGGAGGCACUCAACGAGGCAGAAUUGUCCGGCGCCCCCGAACGAGAAAUCGAAAUCCGGCAGCGGCAAUUCAACCGGGCAGUGGAGACCCUGCAGCGGACGCACGUCGGACCCACGCCGGGUAGCCACCGCCCAGCGUUCGACGAGGCAGGCAAGAUAAUGCGAGUCCUCAACAACGUCCAACCUAAGCCAAAACUUGGGACGGAUAACAAGCCUCCAUCGACCCAGCAGGUGGACCAGUGGAUUAAGGACAUAGACACGGCGUUCCAGUACGCUCAAGUAGUCGAAGACUCCGGAUCAAUCCGAACCUGGGCCGACCUCCGCGCAGAGGAGGAGCAGCUUGUACAAGACCCAGUCUUCACUCAGUACAAGAACUACGAUAAGUACUUUAACUAUAAGUGGAAGGCCGACAAUUCCGUCAACACCUUCCUAAUGAAGUUGAACAAGCGGGAGUCUCUACUGCCCCGCAACUUCGCUAAGUUUGACGACGGCACAGAUGACCAUAAGUUCAAGAUAGCGUUUGUAUGGAGCCUUACUCCCCACGAACUCCAACGUGAGAUCCAGCGCAAUGGCAGCCUGGAACACAUUACUGAGUGGAUAGAGUUUGAACGGGCCCUCCGUAACGCAGAGACCGCAACAUGGAAGCAACCAGGGAAAUGGGAAGCCCUAGUCGCCAACCUUUCCCACCUACGACUGGGGCCGGAAACCAAAGGGAAGCAGACCCGCAUAGCGGUCACUGUCCAGCUGAUUGACUCCGAGGGCAACCCUAAAACUCUCCGGGCCCUGUACGACUCAGGCUCGGAACUGAACCUCAUCGCCGCACAGGUAGCCAUAGACCUAGGACUCAACCCGGCGGGGACUGACCAGCGACCGAACGCGGUGGUCCUAGACGAUACAAAGCUGUCGUUGAUUGAGCAGUACCAGUUGACGAUGGUCUGCCACGACAGCAAGGGAACACCCAAAACGGUUGGGCCAACCAAAUUCUGGUCCACACCAUUCGUCGGGUACGACCUAGUAUUGGGGUAUCCAUGGCUGGCCGAGGCAGACCCAUGUAUCCGUUUCUCCACAGGAACCUACGAGUGGUUCACUGACGACGUCGAGAGAGUCCAGCUGGUGACCGCCGAACAAUUGUUCAGUGAUCUGGAGCCAGGCGAGCAGCCAUACCUGCUACAGCCCGAGAGUCUGGGCAUGGGUGGUCCAGCGGACGUCCAUCGGACGGACGCCGGACAGACGCCGGACGCGCCCCUCGCCGAAUGGUCAAGGAUCAUGGCAGUGGGAAUCGACGGCGGCCCCAUCCCAGAAGAUGACGCCCCAGAUAUGGAGGAGCUCAAGUAUGUGCCAGAGCACCUCCAUCACAAGUGGUUUGCCUUCAGCAAACGGCAGACGAGUGUGUUGGCACCACACCGGGAGUAUGAUCACUCCAUAGAUAUCGAGGCUGGUGCCAAGGUUCCCAACCUCCCGAUCUAUAACCUGUCCCGCCGAGAGCUGGAUAUACUCCGGGAAUACCUCGAGGCGGCACAGGAGAAGGGCUGGAUCCGCCCAAGCAAGUCGCCGGCGGGAGCCCCCAUCCUGUUCGUCCCCAAACCUGAUGGUACUAUGAGACUGUGCGUCGAUUACCGGGGAUUGAACAAGAUAACCAUCAAGAACCGGUAUCCUAUCCCACUGGUGAGCGAAAUGAUGGAUCGACUGUCGAAAGCGAAGGUCUUCACUAAGCUGGAUCUACGUGACGCCUAUCACAGGCUCCGGAUCAAGGAGGGCGAUGAGUGGAAGACCGCGUUCAAGACGCGAUACGGUCAUUUCGAAUACCUGGUCAUGCCGUUCGGGCUGGCUAACGCACCAGCCACGUUCCAAUCCUAUAUCCACCGAGCCCUGGGAGGCUUACUGGAUAGGAUCUGCGUGGUGUACCUGGACAACAUCCUUAUCUAUUCCCAGAACGAGGAGGACCACGACAAGCACGUCGAGGAGGUCCUAGAUCGUCUGGUUGAGUGGGGGAUGUUCGCGAAGGCAAGCAAAUGCGUCUUCUCCAGUAAAUCAGUGGAGUUUCUGGGAUUCGUCAUCACCCCAGACGGUGUGGUAAUGGACCCUGAGAGGGUCCGUACCAUCACCGAAUGGCCCGAACCAUCCAGUUAUAAGGAUAUUCAAGUGUUCUUGGGCUUCGCCAACUUUUAUCGGCGAUUUAUAUUCAACUAUUCAGGAAUUGUCCGGCCGCUCAUCGACCAUAUGACGGCCGCCCAGCGCCCGGAGGAGGACCGGGGGGUCCCCGGUCAAGAAGAGGGGGGGGCGAAACCGAAGAAGAGUUGGAAGGGACCAACAAAAUGGUAUAAACCAUGGCACUGGCCAGAGGAAGCUCGCACGGCGUUCCUCACGAUCAGGGAGAAGUUCACAGGGGCCCCAGUGCUUCAGCACUUUGACCCGAACAAGCCUAUCAUCGUCCUUACCGACGCGUCAGAUUUCGCCAUGGCAGCCAUCCUGUUGCAACCCCAAACGUCCGACCUGGCCACAGAGCUUCACUGGAAGCCUGUGGCGUAUUGGAGCCGGAAGUUCACGGGCCCAUCCAUCAGAUGGCACACCCACGAUAAAGAACUGUCCGCGAUCGUCGAAGCCUUUAGGCAAUGGAGACACUAUCUCGAACACGCCCCGGCGACGAUCAGAGUACUCUCAGAUCACAACAACCUGAGGUACUUUAUGACAACGAAGGAGCUCUCUCCUAAACAAGCCCAAUGGGCGGAGGAGCUGGCAAGAUUCGACUUUGAAGUCGAAUACAAGCCGGGACCUGAAAACGCGGCGGACGGCCCAUCGAGGCGUCCAGAUUACGCACAAGGUCUCAAGGUUGGAGAACAGCAGGCCCUGCGGGACGCCAUGCUACCCACCUUACAACAGAAGCUUCGGAUCUGGACAAUUCGCGAGUCCAGGGCUCAACACGAUGCACAGGCAACAUCUGGGCUUGACGUGCCCGUGGCAGACCCAGCAGGGGUCCGGCAACCACCCGAAGUCGUCCCUGAGGAAUUCCACCGGCAUCAGGUCGGCCAUAGAGAUUCGUCUCCCACGGAUCCCGAUCCUCCAUCCAUUGACCAAAGUCAGGAUCGGCCCGUUACCGAAGCCAGGGGACCGAACUUUGACGUCGCAGAAGCUCUCCUUCGUAGCCUAGACGGCAGAGUCGGUGCCCCUACAAACCUUGCGAACGAAGCCGCGCAAGGAGAUUCCGCUUUUGCCCUGGAUACACCAGCAAUCCUAGCGGAUUUCGUCAAGCAGGUCCAGCAACGGGACGUACUAUACCCCGGAAAGCUGUCGCUGACGACCGGGACGGAUGGCGGAGCGAAGAAGGCACAACACCACUGGGAGGUUGACCCCAGUGGGACCUUACGCAGGAGUGGGAAAGUUUGGAUUCCCGAUGAUAUUACUCUGCGCCACACUAUCCUAUCAAGGAAUCACGAUGACCCUAUGGGAGGUCACUACGGCGUAGAUAAGACCGCCGAAGUACUUAAGAAGAAGUACCAUUGGCCAGGGCUGAUGAAGGACGUACAUCACUACAUCCGAAGGUGUCCCGCGUGCCAACUCCACAAAAUCAGGAGGCACAAGCCGUGGGGCUUACUCACACCACUUCCAGUCCCUGAUACUGCCUGGCGGCACUUCUCCCUUGACUUUGUGACAGACCUACCGAAGUCAAUGGACGCUAAGGGGAACGAGUACGACGCUAUACUGGUCCUUGUGGACCGGUUUAACCUCCUGCCAUAUGCCGAGUACGCCUACAACUCCAAAGCUCACUCCGCACAUGGAGAAUCUCCCAUCAAGGUCGCCUUUGGCACUGACCCUAAGGGAUUUGACGGGAUGCCCGAUGAGCACUGGCUCCGAAAGCCCCCAGCUGUCUGGGACAAAGACGGAACCACGCCGGAGCUGCGUAGGCAGGUCGCCGGACGCUUAGAGCGCUGGCACGACAUGUGGAGAACAGCAAAAGAGGCCUUAGAGUACACACAAAAGGGCAACGCCCGGUGGUACAAUACGAAGAGGUCAGAACAACACUUCGCCGAGGGGGACUCAGUCCUCCUGCGGGCCAAGAACCUGAUGACGAGCCGUCCUUCAAAGAAGUUUGACGCUCGCUACCUUGGACCAUUCGUGGUACUCAGGAAGAUAGGAAAGCUGGCGUACAGGCUGAAGCUCCCCCCAUCGAUGGACAGAGUGCACCCGGUGUUCAAUGUAUCAUUACUUGAGCGCUGGAGGGAACCCCUGGAGAACAGCGGGUUUCAGCCAGGUCCUAUCAGUAUACCGGAAGACAUUCUGCCUGGCGACAGGUAUGAGGUCGAAGGUAUACUGUCACACCGAGACACUGUAGCCCAAGGAAGGGAGUACAGAGUCAAGUGGCUGGGUUGGCCCAACGAAGAGGCAACCUGGGAACCACUUGACCAUCUCGACCACUGCGAUGAGAUCCUUCAGGAUUAUCACCAAAGCGUUCGCGCGGGUGAUCCAUCGGCGGGUGACCGGGCAGUGCCCGGGGAACCAACGCUACCAAAGCGUAAGAGAGGACGUCCUAAGAAGUCCGCCUCCUAA